UCACCUCAGCUGGCAGAUGCUUUCCCCAGUGAGACUCGGACAUCACACUACAGCAAUGAGACAGUGAACAUGCAGCCAACAGCACACUAUCGCCACUAUGCUACAUUCUUCUUCUUACAGGCCAUAUUUGUCAUUGCUGCCUUUUCCUACUACAAAACUCCUAAGUCAUACUGCCCCUAUGUACCCGAUACAGAUUAUGAGCUACCUGCACCAGCUGUUAGAAAAAAAUCUUCAGUGGUUAUUUUGCUGUGGACUUGGCCAUUUGACUCCCGUUUUCCCUUAAACAGAUGCCCAGAACCAGGAUGCUGGUACACGGAUGACCGGAAUAUGUAUUCCUCAGCAAACGCUGUUAUUUUCCAUCACAGAGAUGUGUAUAAGUCCAAAAGUCAGUUGCCCCAGAUGCCCAGACCUCCAGGACAGUAUUGGGUGUGGUUCAACUUAGAAUCGCCAAUCAACACUCCAAACCUGGACAUGAUGAACGAUCUGAUGAAUCUCACUAUGUCCUACCGAGCUGACUCUGACAUCUUUACCCCUUAUGGAUCUAUUACGCGACACAAUAGCAACAAAACUUUUACUAUUCCAGAAAAGUCGAAGCUUGUGGCUUGGGCAGUGAGUAACUGGAAUCCUAAUUCAAUGCGGGUCCAGGUUUAUGAACAGCUGAAGCAAUACAUACAUAUUGACGUGUAUGGGAGAAAGCAUAGUAUUCUAUCAAAUGCAAAGCUAUUUGAAAAAAUAUCUCAGUACAAGUUCUAUUUAGCCUUUGAGAAUUCAGUCCACAGGGACUAUAUUACAGAAAAGUUCUGGAGAAACGCACUGUUCUCUGGGUCUGUGCCAAUUGUUCUUGGGCCACCUCGGGAAAACUACGAAAGAUUUAUUCCACGCGACGCCUUUAUCCACGUAGAUGAUUUUUCCAAUACAAAGCAGUUAGCUGACUACCUUCUGCAGCUGGACAAAGACGAUAAGAAAUACCAACAAUAUUUCAAAUGGAGGUCAAGAUAUAAGUCGAAACACUUUACUGGGUGGGCUGAUUAUUACUGUGCAGCAUGUAAAGUAUUAAAAGAUGCCCCAGAAUUUAGAACUGUAACAAGCCUGGAGAAAUGGUUUACAUGAAAAUGCUAGGUCGCCUAGUGUCAAGGCCUUGUUUACCUAUGGGUUCUUACCACUACCUUAUUUGCCUUGUCGACUAUUUGAAGGCCUACCAUAGUGUCAAUAUAUCCCAGUGCAUAUACAAGUUAUUUGAACUGAGAGAUAACCGUCCCAAAUGUAUGACACUGGAAUCCUUAAUGAAGCACCAGUUCUGUAUCUAAUGAAUGCCAAUUUUACUUUCCGCUUGAAUAAGGUGGUCUUGUCUGAGGGCUUACCCAUAAUCCCAAGGCAGGAGUCACCUACAUAGAACACUAAACUUUAUUUAGUUUGCCCUAGGUACAAAAGACUUUUGAUUAUGUAGUAAAAGGUAAACACCAACUACCAUGUUCAUGCUUAUGCCACAUUUUAGCAAUGGCAAGUGAAAUGAUUAUUGUUAAUUGAGUUUUUUUCUCACAAGUUCAAUAUUUUACCAUUUCUGGAAACCCCCGUGGAGCGUGGAGUGGUUGUGACUGGGGGAAGCUUGCUUGCGGGUAGGUGGCAGGGCUCAACAGGAUUGGUGCCAACCAGGAUUUUACAGACAGUAGGCCAGUCCAACCCUACUCCCACUGUGCGCGGGGCAUGGUGUAGGUGAUCAACUAGAUCUCCCUCCCGUCCCAAACCAUUGUCACUGAGUGGGGGAAAUAAAUCCCAAAUUUAGAGACACCUACAAACUCUGAUCUCUAGACCACUGCAAGAUAUAAAGGGCAUUACUCGGUGGUGUGAAGCAACUGUAAUUCAGAUUUUUACAUUAGAUCUUUACAUUUUUUACCUUUUGGGAUCCUACAGCAUAAUAAGAUGAUGCAGCUGAUCCUUAUUUCAAUUUCCAAAAAAUUACCCCAUGACCAAAAAAUGUAAUUCAUUAACCCCAUUGUGACUGUUCAGAAAAGUUUUCUAAUAAAAUUAUUUAAUGACUCGUC